ACCUUAUUUCUGGGUCACGGGUAUUGAGAUUUGAGACUAUAUUUGAGUUUACUAUAAAGCAAUAUGAAAGGCUGAAGGUCCAAAUUGGUAUGUACAGAAAUGUGCAGUAAAUGGUUUGGGUGAAUAUCCAUAUAUUUUUGUGUUUAGUACGGAUCGGUUGAACCAACCCACACCACAACAACAGAUCACACUUAAUUGUUAAUUCCAAUAAGAUCACAGUAACUAACUAGUAAGCAGUAACUACUCUUGCCCCGCUCGCACGUAACGCUCACUAAAGAGGACUUGGCUGCUGCUUCAAAAACAGCUAGAAACCUGCUUGAAUCAUCAUUCAUCGCUACUCUGAUUGUGCAGGAAUCUAGUUGACGCUGUUGUUGAUUAAAUUAAUCGCUACUCGGCUUGAAUUGAGUUGUUGAAUUUGAAAAGCGAGCCCAAUCCCAUUAACUACACUCUUCGAUGGCCCAAUUUGACUUUACGCCCUCCUCUCUCUCUCUCUCUCUCUCUCUCUCUCUCUCUCUCUCUCUCGAUCACCAUCACCACCGCACGCUCGCCGCCGGCUGCUCGCGUCUCGCCGCGCCUCCCUCCGCCAGUGAGUGCUCGAGCUGUCCGUAUUUGUUGCUGCUCGUCGUCCGUGGUUGUUGCUGCCUGCACUGCAGCGCCCGUGGUUGUCUCUGCUCGAUUCUGCCUCUCAGUCUCACUGGAGUCUCGUCUCAGUCACAUUGCUGGCAUCUCGUCGUUCGUCUGUCUCGUCGCCGGCGUCUCAACGUCUCGCGGCCUUCCCUGGGCUCCUCUUCGCCGGCGGCAGAAGCAACUCGUGGGGUUGUCGCUUGCUUCGUCGCCUUCCUUGGGGUCGUCGUUGCUCGUCGUCUUCUGUUUUCGGAUCCUCGCCCUCGCCGAGUCGCCGUGGACUGUGGAACGUUGGUGAGUCCCUGCAUCAUCGCUUACCCUGUUCUCUCUUUUCCAGAUUUUCCCGUCUCCCUGUAUUUUUCCAUGUCGCUGAAUUGCUAAUCAAUUAAUUUGCCUUGUUGCUGAUCUAAAUGUUGCUGUAAAUCGUGAUUGAACUAGGAUUUGUUGAAUUUGUUGCUGAAAGAGCUAAUAUUUUGUUGUUGAUGAAAAUCAUCAGAGUUGAAUUUGUUGCUGA